AUUACUCUGUCAAUACUCAAUACCAUUCUCAUCGGUCCAGACCUUGCCGUUUGUAUCAGCAAUUGCAUUGAUUCUAUUCUAGCUUCGCCUUUGCUUGGUUUUUGCGUGGAAGAAUCUUUUGUUACGGUCUCCUGCUUGGAGCCACUGAAUUCGGCUUUUUGUCUUCCAAUAUUCCUCUUCCAUCCUAUAAGCAUUGGUUAGUUCCGUUUUCAAUAAUUUGAUGUUAUUGAAAUCAAUAGGAAGAGUGUUAUACGCUUGAUGAAGCUGAGAUUUCAGUGCUUGGAUUCUCCUUGCUGAUUUAAGAGGAUUGUGUGAUUUCCACCUUGAGAGACAUGAUCUACAUCUCUUGAGAGCUUCAUGGAAAUUUUUGGGUGAUAAGUGAUGACAUUGAGAGUUCUAUGUCUUAGCAAGUUCUUCCUUGAUCUCCUUAUUGAAGCGCCGUCUAUUGUCAUAUCUGAAUAAGGGACAACCAAUUCGCCUUUUUUCACUUGUAUGGAUUAAAAGUGGUCUGUGAUCAGAACCAAUCCAAUCUAAAAGCUAGACGUAGGCCUUGGGAAAUAUAUCUUACCAAUCUGUCGUUGCCACAGCUCUGUUAAUUCUUGACAUUAUCGAGUGCGAAUAGCGCUGACCAGACCAAGUAAACUUUCCUCCCAUGACUUUUAGUUGCAAAUACUCAAAAAAUAAGUCAAAGUUCUUUAGAUACUGUACUUUUGUUUGAAAAUCGCUUAUUCGACGUAUUAGGCCUCAUUUUACAAUCGUCUGUACGACGUCGUUGAGGUCUUCGUUCCUUUCCCUUUAUAAUACCACAGGUCCACAACAAAUGUAACCGCUUCUUUCAAAGUCUCUACUCACUUUCAGUUAAUUCGUUGCUGCUGAAGACAUCACACGGUGGCAAUGGCUUCGAACUCUGAAACUUCCAACGAUGGCUCUAAUGGCGGAGAUCCAACUUCCGAUGAUUUGAUGUUUGAAAUGUCCGAAGACGGUGGCGAUUCAAGCGAAGAACUCCACAAGAACCCGAGCGAAGAAGAUGUAGAGAAUCUUGCUCCGAUUCCUCCUCCUCGACAGAUCCCAGAGUUACUCAUCGCAAGAACCCUCGCACUCGUACCGAGAUGUCAUUACCCGAAGCUAUCUCUCAUCUCCAGAGCCUUCCUUCGCGUCAUCUCUUCGCCGGGACUCUACAGAAGGCGCUCGGUCCUCGGCUUGACCGAACCGGUUCUUUAUGCCUUGAUCGGAUUCCCUUAUAGUUACGAAAGAUUCUCGAGCUGGCACAUCCUCAACUUAAACAUCUCAGAAAGCUUGAGAGAGGUCCCUUCACUUCCUCCUAUGUAUCCUGGAUCUUCUGUGGUCACAUUCGGAUACAAUAUGUAUGUGAUCGGUGGUUUGACCGGGUUGAAUCAACCUGUAUCGACUGUGUUUGUCCUCGACUGUAGAUUCCACACGUGGGACCAUCUCCCAAGUAUGCACAGGGCUCGCUACCGUGCAGCCGCCGGAGUCAUUGACAGAAAGAUUUAUGUCAUCGGAGGUUGCGAGAAGCGUCAUGAUGAUUGGAUCGAAGUGUUCGAUGUUGAUAACGGGGUUUGGAGUACUGUGCCUGAUCCAUCCCACUACAACUCUAAUAUGCCAGGAGGAGGGUUUGUGACAUCUGUGGUGAUGCAGAAUAGGAUUUACAUUUUGGAUGCUCUCCGUGCUUUGGUCUACGAACCAAGACAAGGUACAUGGCAGUCUUGGGAACUUGGAUCAUCUCAGUUGAUGGGUUUUUGGCGCAACCCGUCUUGUGUGAUUGAGGAUCUCCUGUAUAGCUUUGAUGUACUGUGUGUUCUUAAACAUCCAAUAGUGGUAUUUGAUCCAGUUGAAAUGGUUUGGAAUCCUGUGAAGGGUUUAGAUGGUUUGCCUGCUCUCAGAUACUCUGUGUGUCAAAUGGCGAAUGUGGGUGGGAAGCUGAUGGUUUUGGGCACUUCAAACACCACCUAUAAUGAUACUUGGUGCAUAGAGAUCACGUUAGAACGACGUGAAGGAGGUGGGAUUUGGGGGACGGUCGAUUCAAAGGAUAUUGUGCUUAUCUCCGGGACCUCGCCUUCUAUUGAUCUUUCUUGCUCUGUUACGGUUUGAUGAUCUGUGGGAUGGUUUCUUGCAGUUGAAGGUGAAGAAGGGUCUUUUUAAUACAUCUACUGUUGAUUUGAGAGCAAAUUAUGAAGCAAAAAGUGGUGCAGAAGCUGUUUUAUCUGACACCUUAAAGAGUAAUUCGUCUUCCUUUUUAACCUUCGUGCAAGAAUGUGAUCACUCUUAACAGAAUAGGCCUUGUGUAGAGUUGGCCACUCUUUCUCUUUCUACUGAAGU